AUGGCGGCCGCACGACGUGCGCGACUGCCAGCGCUGGCGCUCGCGCUGCCGCUCGCGCUGGCGCUGUCGCCCUUGCGGGCAUGGCUUGCGCCAGAGCCUCCAAGAAGACAGAUGCUCUUGCUGCCAGGCCUCUUGGGCGCUCCACUGCCUGCGGGGGCCGUUGGCUUCUCUCCUGCCGAUAUUGGGAUGGCCGAGGCACCGGCUCCAGCACAAGUUCAGCGUGUCGAGGACGUUGAUGAGCUGGAGAAAGCGUUAUACCUGAUCAGCCGUGUCCAAGAGGCCACCGUGCAGCAAGAGCGCUUGGUGUCCACUGGCAAGUUCAAGGACGUACAGCGAAACUCCAUCACCAUGGCUUUGAACAUGAUGAUGGACAAUUAUCGCCUUGCUGAUCAGGUCGUGACUGCUGCAGGCUAUGUGGAACCCAAAGAGAACAUCGUCAAGGCCAGCCAAGUCGGCAAUGACGCGGUAGAGGUCUUGGAGACCGCCAAGGAAUACUUUGGCCAGCCACUCAAGGUCUCCGGCCUCACAGAUGAACAAAGAAAGUUCAUCAUCGAGGCUAUGCAAGCCUGCAGAACCAAGCUGGACAACUUCUUGGUCUAUGUGCCAGAAGACGUGCUUCAAAAAGCCAGAAAGAGAGUAGAGGAUGAGAACGAACUCAACCGGCAGGAAUACGCUGGUGAGGAUGGAGGCAUCCUCAACCCGGUGACUCUUCCGUGGAAGGAGCCCAAGAGGAAGCCACGAUGA